GUUAGAUGAUUGUCUUGCAGUGUAUCAAUACUCUAAUCACAGAAUUGCUGUAUCGUGUUGUUACCAUAAGCAGCAUAUCAUGAAUCGUAUUGUAUAUUGGAGUAGCCUACUCAUUCCCAGCCCUCUGACGCGGGCUUGACAUGUUUGAAAGCUCCCAUCGUGUGACUCCUGCAGCUCAGAGCAGAGACUGCAGGAAGGAGUCUUCAUCUUUGACCCACCACAUCACUUCAGCUCUGUGGAGACAAGUGGACCAGAUGCUUUAAAAACAAUCCACCCUUUCCUCCCCUGCCAAUUCUGUUAUUUGCUUUUCCUCUUUAGAAAUGGGAGGGGAGAAUUAAAAGAAAAAAAAUGAUAAAAAAGAAAAAAAAAAUCUCAAACAAUAAAAUCCCAGCAUCAGCUAAAUAUCAAACAUGGCCCUGGAAGCAGUGCAGAGGAGCUGGACUGUGCAGGAUGUUCCAUUCAGAGGUUGUGGUUGUGGCUGUGGGAGAUGUUGGAUGGAGCCAGAAGCACAUCAGACUGACAGGGUUGGGCCAAACAGCAGGUGGUGCAGAAGAGAAGCCCGGACAUGGGAUACACAAAUCUCUGUCUCUCUGACUUCUGCACCGGACAAGCGUGGAGGAACAUCAGAUCCUAAACAUAAAAAACUCAGGUGUCACAGCAAUAGCGUCUCUGGCCGAGGCUCGCUGAAUAAAGAUGCAUGUGGACUUUGAGGGACAGAGCAGCACUCGAAUCAGAUGACUCAAGAGAGAAAUCCUCCCCCUAAUCUCAGGACCACAGGUUGGACAGUCUGGAUGAAGUUAAUCAUCAGGUUAUAAAAGGCCAGGGACGGUUUUCAGACAUGGAGGUUUUUCUCUUUUGUGUCUGGAAUGUACUUUCAGCUGAACCUUGAUGCCAGCAUGGGGUCAGAUAAACCAUAACCAUCGUGUUCCAACACACCUGACUUCUGUCAGCAUGUCAACACAGCAUAGAUGAUUCUCCCUUUAAAGAGACAUAACUGGGAACUAACAGGCUCUAAUGAUGUAGCAGCUACAGGUGACUUACAUGUGGCCUAUGAUUCAAGACAGUCCAACCACAGUCAGUAUGGAAGUGCAGACAACAUCUCUGGUCUGGAUAUAUGUUAACAGUACAGAACAACUGAACACUUCAUAUGAUUACAACACCACGUAUUUGACUGAAGACUCAGACAAAUACCAGUCAUAUAUUGUUGGUCUCUUCCUGUCCUGCCUGUACACCAUCCUCCUCUUUCCUAUCGGAUUUAUUGGCAACAUCUUAAUCCUGGUGGUGAACCUGAACCACAGGGAGAAGAUGACCAUCCCUGACCUUUACUUUGUUAACUUGGCUGUGGCUGACCUCAUCCUGGUGGCAGAUUCCCUCAUUGAGGUCUUCAAUCUGAAUGAGAAGUAUUAUGACUACGCUGUCCUCUGCACCUUCAUGUCCCUUUUCCUGCAGGUCAACAUGUACAGCAGCAUCUUCUUCCUCACGUGGAUGAGCUUUGACCGUUACGUUGCCUUGGCUAACUCCAUGAGCAGCAGCCCUCUGAGGACUAUGCAGCAUGCCAAGCUCAGCUGCGGCCUCAUCUGGAUGGCCUCGAUCCUGGCCACCCUUCUCCCCUUCACCAUUGUGCAGACACAGCACAGGGGGGAGCUGCACUUCUGCUUUGCCAAUGUCUUUGAGAUUCAGUGGCUGGAGGUAACCAUUGGCUUUUUGGUGCCCUUCUCCAUCAUUGGUCUAUGCUACUCUUUGAUCGGGCGUAUCCUCAUGAGAGCUCAGAAACACCGUGGAUUGUGGCCACGGCGGCAGAAGGCCCUGCGCAUGAUCGUGGUGGUGGUUCUGGUGUUCUUCAUCUGCUGGCUGCCAGAGAAUGUCUUCAUCAGCAUCCAGCUGCUGCAGGGCACAGCUGACCCAUCGCGGAGGACUGCUACCACCCUGUGGCAUGACUACCCACUCACAGGCCACAUUGUUAACCUGGCAGCUUUCUCCAACAGCUGCCUCAACCCCAUUAUCUACAGCUUUCUAGGAGAAACCUUCAGGGACAAGCUGCGUCUCUUCAUUAAGCAGAAGGCCAGCUGGUCGGUAGUGAACCGCUUCUGCCACCACGGCCUCAAUUUGCGCCUCCCUGUCAGGAGCGAAGUGUCAGAGGUGUGACUGUUAAGAAGAGGGACAAGUGUUAUGAAACUGUGUGCACAAAACAUGCUAAAAAACUCUUCAUAUCAAAGUGAUAUAUCACCCUGUGUGAAAUAUUACCUCAGCUUUCUAUCUGUUUAUUUAGCUCCGUCUCACAGCUGUAACCUGCUCACUUUCUGAACAAAAACACAAAAGCACCAAGAAUGACCAGAACAGAUGAAAAUGACUCGAUGUGUGCAUCUUUGUAUGUAGAUAACAGCACACGUACAGUACUUAAAGCUAUUUUCAUUGUUUAUCUGCACGUUGGAUUGAUUUCUUUAAGUGUAUUUGGUGUGUUAUUUCUUCAGAAAGUUAACUGGAUGGUAAGGCGGGCAAAUGAAAUGCUGGUGAGGAGCAAAAUGUCAGCAUCUACCUUUCAAGUACAUCCAGUGGGCAUUGGUAACUAAUGGACAGAUGAGUGCCAGAAGCUUUCACAUUGUGUGAUUUAUAAUACAAAUCUUCCAGAGCAUUUUCUGUGUAUGUGGUACAAUCUGUAAAAAUAGCAAAGGCUGUGUCACAGCUCAGGCAGGAUGUGAAGAGGAAAUACUGCCUCACAACAGAUCUAAUCAGGCCGUUUGUUUCAGCUGUAAAAGUUUGAUCAUUUCAGUCAAACCCACAUGAACCCUCACCUGUUUAAUAUAAAAAGGCAUGUAUCGAGAAACUCCCACAAAUUUACUUUAAAUCAUAAAACAAUGUGUGGCGCAACAUGUAGUAGUGACUUGCUUUUCACUGUCUCUUUGCUUGUGUUGCUAAACAUUUA